AUUCCAUCCCGCCCGCCUACAUCAUGACGAAAUCCAUCAGCAAGGUCAUCUAUAAGCCUGACUCUCAGUCAACGGACGAGUACUGCCUACUCGUGCACACCGACGAAUACAAGAAGUGGAAAGCUGGUGACAGCUCUAUCCCACUGGCAGACGUAGUGGACUCCUAUCAGGCGUUCCACUCUGGCCAGGGUCCACAAGGAAUUCUUGGCAAACCGUCCAAUCAGCAACUGGACACCAUCUUCGGCACAUCGAAAGACGUCGAUGUUGCCCAAAUCAUUCUUGAGAAGGGAAGGCACCAACUGACGGAGGGUCUGCAGAGUUCGACGUUCAGCUCCACAAACGUCACACGAGGAGUUGCAGCGCUCAAAGGGCUUGGUGGUGUAUAGGUGUGGGACACUGGAUGGUAGAAUACGAAGUCACCAAAUCAAGCAAAUGUUUAUGUAUCAGCAAAUCACAGAUUACUAGCAUUAUCAUUUUUAUCUGCAUCUGGUUGGGUCUAUAGCGAACUCUUGUGAAUCCCUUUAUACCUCGAGUAAAUGACAUUACUGAAAAGUCUUAGUUAUAUCCACCAACCUCAUUCACUUUGGCCCCUGUUCUAUGAUGUCUAUAUAGUAUGUAUUGUAUGUAAAAGUAUACCACAUGCACAUGCAAUCGUCGACAAUCGUAACAAUACAACAAACUUUCAUUUAGGUCUUGCCCUUGGGCGCUGUUUUGCUGAACAGUUUCGCUUUCUCGAUAGCGGCAUUACCUAGACAGGUUUUAGGUUAAUUCCAAUACCAUCCUAGAAUUGGUACGUACUUUGUCGAACCAAAUUCUUCUUAUAAUCGACGAUGCUGAUGUCGUCCUUCGUCAGGUUCCUGAUGGUCUUAU